AUGCCCAUUACGUACAGCUUAAUCACCGAUGGAGUUGAAUUGUUGGGAGAUGGACCAAAAGAUGAUGCUGCGCUCUCCUCUCUCAUCAUGGAUAAAAUUGUAAAGAAAGUUUCUAAGGACACGAUGGAAAAGAGAACCCUUACUUCGGAUGAAAUUGAAAUUCACUACAAAAAGAGUGGUAAUUAUGUAUUCUUUUGCGUGGCCUCAAAGGAUACAAAGAAGAGGCUCUGCUGGUCUUUCAUCGAUGAUCUUGAUAGUACCUUUGCUGCUGUAACAAGGAAGAACGAUAUCAAGGGCAACCGAAAGAUGAUCAAACAGAAAGUGGAAAAAUGGAACGAUCCUAAUGCAGACAAAAUUACUGCUCUUCAAGAAAAGCUGGAAACAGUGAAAGAGUCAAUGGUUGACAAUAUUGAUAAAGUCCUAGAGAGGGGAGAAAAAUUCGAAACCUUGUAUGAAAAGAGUGAUGAAAUGUUGGUAGAAGCCAAUGAAUUCAAGAAAGGAAGCGGAAAGCUCAAGAGAAAAAUGUUUUGGAGGCUCCUCGUAGUGAUCAUUGUCAUUAUCAUAAUUUUAGUAGCGAUUAUUAUUAUUGCUGUUCUUGCAGGAUGUGGAUUUCCAACCUUUGAACGUUGUGGUGGAGGUAGUGGAAAGUAA